GCAAAUGUCUAUGUGUGUGUUUAUUGCACACAGGUGGGGCGUUGAGAGUAUGGACUGUAGCAGGUAUGUGUUCUGAAGCUAGCACUUACUGCUGGAGUAGGACACAGGAACACAUGAACAUUUUGACAAAAAGGAUUCCAUGUUGAUUUUGGAUAUUACAAUAUCUGACGAGGCCUGGGCCAUAUGGUAGUCCUGUAGUUUUUCCUCUGGAAACAUUAACAUUCCUUAUAAAUUUAUCAUAAAACAUACACAGUCUGUGACAAGAUGGAAGUCCUUCAACCAGACAGCGGGCAGAAACAAGCAGGAAAAGAAAACCUGAAACCUGCAGUGAAGCCAAAGCCAAAGGUUUUUCCAAAGCCAAGUAUGCCUAGUAAAUUUGCAUCCACAUCUGUGUCAGGUCAUUCCACGUUACCCACCUCUCUUGAUUCACCUACGUCUGGCUUUUCCAAGUCACCUACAUCUUUUGCCACACCAGCAGUUUACAAUGUCAGGUCACCCACAUCUGCCUCACCAACAUUUUCCAGCCAAAAGCGACCCCUCUCUCCAUCUGACUCCACUGUCUCGCAAACAAAGAGCUUCGCAAGGUCUAAUAGUGUUGAAGUUCCAUCUGCCCAGAAAAUUAAUUGCCUUGCUGGACCCAGACCUUACAGUAGUGCUGCUGCUGGGACCACUUGGAUCCGCCGACCAUCCUUCCGCCUAGGACAUGCUGGAUCUCCUCAGUCAGAAGAAGCUCCCUCUUUGGGAAACGAGUCAGAUGGCCUACAUGGUUCUGUUCUUCCCAUGGAAGAACCUGCAAUCCAAAGAGCUACAGGAAAGCCCCAUAAUGAUCAGCCCAGCCCUCCAAGUUGGCAAACAAAGGAUCUACAGUCUCCUCCAGUUGCACCAAAGAGAACCAGUGGUAAGGAAUAUGGUUCUAGUAAUAUUUCAGACAGAAUCGAUAUAAAGAACCAGGAGACUGUCGAUGGGCAGGAGCACCACUAUGCAGCACCAGCAAGGAGUGGUACUGAUGUCAAAGCUAUUCAUUCCCACUCUCUGCUGUCUUCUGCUCCACCUCAGUGUGAACAGUUGCCACCUGGAGGUCCAGGGGCCAAACAGUAUUCAGAAUUAUCCACAGCAGAGGGUAGUGAAAGUGAAAAGUUGCAGGACAUAAAGAAACCACCCCUCACAGAAAGAAAACAAGUGUCUUUUAAAGUGAAACCAGUAGUAGUUGGACAGGCAUCUCGCCGUUUCCCAGGUACAACUGUAGAGGAAAUUCUUGCCAAAAUUGAGCAGGAGAGAGUGACUCCUGAGCUAGAGAAAUCACAAAAAAUGGCCUUUAGUUUUGAGCAACCAUCUACUUUCAGUUUUGGUCAGAGAGCUUCAUUUCGUAUGAAGGGUUCAGCAUUCAGUACCAAGGUGGAGGAGAGUGGUAGUGAAGGGGAUUCUAGUGGACAAGGUGGAAACCAGAUACUUGAAGGACUCGCAACGAAAACAAAGCAGCCUGAAAGUUCUGUAUCUGAUCUCACUGCCCAACAAUCAGGAGAGUCUGUCCAGCAUGCACAGGAAUGUAGUAGGAAGGAUGACCAGUUAGAUCAUCAGUUACAGAAGGAAAUCCCAACUGACACUGUAGAUUUCGGAGAAAAGGGUCAGAAGUUGACCACUAACGAUGAGAUGAGAAUAGCUAGUCCAGAAGGAAACAGAACUGACUUAGCUGCUUCUUCUCCAGAGCUGCACCAAGUAGAAAGAGUGCCAGUCUCCUCAAUGUCUGAGAAGUCCGUACCUGCUGAGGUCCAUCAGUCAAACAUCUUAACAUCUGUUUGUCAGCCUAAACCUGCAGAGACCUUGCUUUCUUCAAGAGACGCUUUAGAUGUUAGUGUCACCAAAGACAAGUUCUACACAGCCGAUUCUCAUGGGUCUGAAAGUUUUAAAUCUGUUCAAGCUUCCCAGUUGGAAGAGGCUUCUAAACCUACCUUGCCUUAUUGUGAAACUGAACAGCAGGAUACAGUUAGUGAUAUGGCACCACAGGUCUUAGAUCAGAGCACCACUGAAGAAACAAUUAAACAUGUGGACAGAGAUGGGGCCCCUAGUUCUCCAAGCUUAGACCAGACAUAUCUUACUGCUAAUCAGUCUGCUCCAUGUGUGCCAUCAGUUCUGGAAGAGGACCAGGAACAAAACAAACAACUAAUUUCUGAAGCGGAGAAGACCUCAACAACAUCUUCCUCAGAGGACAUGCUGCAGGAAAAGGAGACAUUGCCCCAUGAAUCUCAUUUAGGUAGACCACUUGCUCAUCGAGGUGGCUCCCGGAAUGUUGCUUCUCCUUCAACAUGCACAACAAAACAGACUGACUCAUUUGACUCUGUGGAUUCUGACUGGAUGUUGUCCAACUCUUUUGUUUGGAGUCCAGGCACAGAGCCCAUGCUAAGCGAAAUGGCACAGCAACCUAGCACUGAAAGUAGACUAGACACAUCAGAGGUUCCAUCACAAGACAGCCAGGGUCCCCUUGAAUUCUGGAUUGGGGCUGACAAAGCUGAGGCAAAAAUCAUACAAUCUGAUAUUGAUAUUACAGAUCAGGAAACUCAGGAGAGUAAAAGCUGUGCAAAUCUGUCUAGUUCUUCAGACAUUUCAGUGCAAACACCAGACCAAGAAAUUCUGAAUGCGGAACAAAGAGACCAUAAGGGACAUGAGAAAUUGGAGAAAAGAUCAAUAGAUGGCGAUAGCAAAGAUUUUAGUGCCACAGCUGUUGGUGAGACUAGAUCAGAAGAUCACAAUUUACAUCAAAGUCCUGCUCUGCUCAAUAAUAUUGAGAUCUCCACCACUAACUAUAAAGAGGUUAGUCACAGCCCAGUACAAGUAAUAGAUGAGAGCCAUUUGACUGCUGACGUUUUGACUUCCAGUCUUAAAUCUACCACAGUGACCAAACAUGAUGUUUCCACUGACAAUGCAGGCUAUGAUCAAACCUUAUCUGAGGUCACUGCUGAAGUUCUACCCACAGAGCAGCAUGCAGUAAGUGGACCAGAGUCUAGUUUCUCUUCAGAAGAAACAUCCCAGCCCGAGUUAUUCACUGCCAAAAAUAAUCUAAGCUCUUUUGCUGCUCCAACAGAAACUUCUGAAUGCCAACCCACAAAUGAUGUAAACUAUAAGACAGAGAGCUUUGGAGCCCACCCCACUGAAGAACUAACUUCAAAUGUUAUAUUAGAUCAGUCAGUGAGUCCUCAGAUCUUCUCAAAUGAAGAACAGAAUGGCAUUCAUAUCUCAAGAUCAAUGGCUUCUUCUGAAGUCCGUGCCACCAAAGAGGAAAGUCAAGGCAUUUUGGUUAGUAAUUUUGGUAUUGUUGAUACUGUUUCUACCACAGUCCCAAGUCAUGUUUUAUCAGUUACACAGAGUGUGGCAGAGCCAGAAUAUAAAGAGCAUAUUGUUGCUGGAAGUUCAGUAAGCACAGCCAGAGCGGACACUGCUCACAUUAUAAGCACAGUGGAAGAACUAGAAAAAGCAGCUGAUACUAGUGACAUAACCCCAGAUCAGAAAAGUGAUCCUAGCCAAGCCAUUGUGGGCAUUUUGGUGGAUGCUUCUAAUGACGGACAAGUUUAUGAGCCUGAAGAAAAAUAUAAGGCAUGUACAGAAAGCAUGGACAUUAAUGAUUCUGUUAAAUGUACAGAAACCUCCAUAACUCAUAAAGAUAUAUCCAGUGACGUUUCACAAGUAGACUAUCCCAGAGAAACAGGAGGAAUGUUCCCUUCCAUAAUGUUGCUGGAACCCAUGAGGCAUGUUUCCCAAACUGAAGUGGAAACUGUGACAAAACAAUCUGCUGUCAACUCAGACUCCACUGAUCCUAACCAUCUCUUGCUGCAGUCUUUUACAAAAGAUAAUCUGACAGAAGAGAACCUUUCUGAAAUUCAGACACAGACUGAUGCACCCCAAAAUGAAAGUCCAGUCUCUUUUCUUAGGACAGAUGAAGAAGAAAAGAAGGCCAGCUUCACAGAGCAGCAUUUGAGAAGUCAGGAUGCUGAAGGCGAUGUACUGGUAAGGCAAAUGGAUGGUAUUUUGAAAGAGACGACAGAAGCCAAAGACAUAGGAUUGACAUCAGGAUUUAUUAAUACUGUCAAUGCAGGCAGUUACACAGCUGAGAAUGAGGCAUUAAUUGCAGAAAAUACUAUUAAAGAUUCAGCAAGUGACAAUCAGGAUGGUGUAUUUAUUAGGCUUGACCCAGAUGUUGACAUUACUACGUUCCAAGAGAAAAGCCUGCCAAAUUUACUUCAUGAGACUAAGAUGGAACCUAUAGUGGCCUGCCCUCUAAGUCAAGAUGAGGUCACUUCAGUCAGUAUCAUAGAUGAAGUUAGUUUCUGUAAGACAAAGGAAGUAAAUGAAUUAGAAAGUAAAGUACUCAUCAAUGUUCUGGAGCCAAUUGAACCUGUCAUAAAGUCACCCCCACCAGUGGAGCCAUGCAUAAUGUUUCAGGAGAGUCCAGUAAUUUUGGAGCAGGCUAAGUUGUCCCAGGAUAGUCUGUACACAGCAGAAAUCAGUGAGCCUCCCUGUGGAGAAAAAACAGAUUUAGGCAGCAAAGAGCUUGAUAAAGAAAAGUUUGUGGUUAUAUCAGAAAAACAGGUACAGCCUAUCACUGAGGAAGAGAAAGAAGUGACAGUUAUUUCUGCAGAAGUUCUUGUCCAUGCCCAAGAAAGCCCAGCAUUGACUACAGUUGAUACAGCAAGUGGAGGUGAAAGUCCUAGCCCACAGGAAAAACAACAUGAUUCCAGUACUGAAAGCCAGCAGUUAAAAGAGUUAAUACCAGUAGUCUGUGAUAACACUGAGAUGAAUAUCAAGUCUGAAGAGCAGAAAAUGAAAGAGUUAGAGGAACCAGAACAUACUUCAAUUAAUGAGCUACAGGAGGACGAAGUACUGAAACCUGAGCAAGUAGUACCCAAAAGUACUGUGGAAGAUGUGGAUAUGUUUUUGGAAGAUACAAAGGAAACUCAGCUGGAAAAUAAAUUUGAAAUAAUGGAGCAGCUAAGUCAGGAGAAUCGAGAGGAAGUUCAUUCUGAAAGCCUAGAUGAUAUGCCCCCCUCUGUAUCACCCCAAAAUGUGCUGGAUGGGCUUCUCAAGCAGGAACAAAGAUCACAGUCUGACCAUAUAACUACUACAAAGUCAGAAGAGAGCACAACAGAAGGCAGCAGUGAUGUUCGGCAAACAGAAAGUCUAGGUGCUCUGCAAGAGGAAAGUACUGCUGAUGUCAAGGUCAGUCCUUUGCAGUCUGAGAGUCCAAGUACUGCUACUGGUGAGGACAGUAGCAACCAGUCAGAUAUCACAGAAGGUACUAUAGCAAGUUGCACGGAGGAUAAGAUGGAGGAUGUUGUCAAUGAGCUGCAGCCUGAGAAGAGUGAAACUGUCAGUUCAAAUGAGGUUGUGAGUGAAGGACAGAUUGAAGGUGAAGAGAAUGUUAUUCAGUCCGAGAAGGGAGACAUGGAUGUAUCUUGUGCUUCUGCUGACCAGGAUAAAAUGGAGAGUGAACAAGAGGCUGGCCUUCCAGAAGCUGACUUCAGUUUCUUAGAGAAUGUGUCUGUUCUUAAUACUACUGCCCACCGAUGCAGGGCUGACUUGAAUCGGAAACGAGGACAUCGAACACCAGUCACCCCACUUGGAAAGGACAAGGAUAAACUUGAUGGUGAUGAUUGGCUUUUCAGGGAUUCAACAGAGCCCCGUCCUGCCAGAGCUGAGUCAGAAGACCUGGGUGAAGAAGAAGAAGAAAAAGAAAAAGAGGAGGAAGCCACAGAUGAAACAGAACGAAAAAAACGAAAAUUUAAGUUUUCAAAGUCUUUAAUCUUUCCAAAGCUAGACAGUUCUCAAAAGGGGAAAACACGGGCACGCAAUAAAUCUGAGGUAGAGGAGAAGAAAGAGAAGGAGGCAGUUGCAGCAUCUGAGACUGCGCCAUUUCAGAGGUCAAAGUCAUUCAAACUGCCAUCGUUAACUCGAUCAAGCAAAGGAGACAAAGAAAAAGGAGAAAAAUCUGAGCGUUCCUCCCCACAGUGGCUGCAAGCUCUGAAGCUGAAGAAAAAGAGCCAAAAUAAGUAAAGAAAGAUUUUAGAAUUCUAUACGCUGUGUACAUAGCUGAAGACUUUAUUUGCCAAAACAAAAGCUACAAAAGUAGGAAGAAGCCAUUUAUACAAGGAAUGCAAUUUGAGACUGAAAGGGGUUUGGGGACUUUUUAAUCACUGGUAACAAACUGUUAAAAAUUGUAUGCAUUCCAUUUUUAAUUGAUCGUUUUUAUGGCACCUUUUGGAAUAUAUGCACUUUGUAAUAAUAGGGAGAGGCUGUCUGUAUAAUGUUUUCUUUAUUUCCACACCUUGUUUUUGUGUAUCUGUAUUUGUUCAUGGAAGCUGUUUUUCUUGUGAGUGAAAGGACACAUGAAUGAUAGUGAUAAUGCUGUAUGCGAAUGCUUGGAGGGAUUCCUGCCAAAUAUGUUAAAUUUUGCUUCUAUGUAUACGUUUAAUUUCUUACAGCAUUCCAGUUUGUUAUAACAAAUAAAUAAUUAUUGUAUGAA